AUGCAGGCCGUGGUACGCGGCAACGUCCCCGUGGGGACGGACCCUGUCAUAAACGAACAACUUGCCGAGGCUUGGAAAGAUAUGGGAGAGUGCAUGAGCCAGCUUGCCAAGAUGUCGAAUGGGAAAAAUUACGACGAGAAUCUGAAGCCCAGCGAUGUGAUGGAGAACCUGAAUGCGGUCCAGAAUCUCCGCAAACAAACUUCGGCGCAGUGGAAGAAGAUUAAAAAUGGCUUCAACAAUACGCUCACAAUGAUUGGAAUCGUUGGAGGCAUGGUCGCUGAUGCUGCGUCCCAGGUGUUCGCUCCGGCCGGUCAGUGUUAUAAUGCCCUGAACUUCGUCAUCAAUGCGUAUAAGGGCUACCAGAGCAUCUUUGAAACGUUGAAUACUCUGUUCGAGAAGUGCGCUGAGUUUCUGCAACGUUUGCCGAAAUAUGUCAAGGGCAAAAUGAGCCCCGAGUUGAGCGUCAUCUCCUGCAAAGUUCUACGCCAUUUCGUGACGGUGUGUGAGGACGCGUUGAAGAUCCGAAGUUCGGCUCGCUUCAAGGCCAAAACUAUGUUCAAAAUUGCGUUGUUUUCGCAGAAUGACUUCUCGGACUCGUUGGCCCAGAUGGACGAGCUCACCAAGAAAGAAGCUUUGGAGGUCGCGGCUGAUACAUACGUCAACGCUGCUGAGGCGGCAGACCAUUCUCGAUACGCGAGGAACAUCUUGGAGGAAGAACAGUCGGAACGAAAAGAGGAAAAGCAAGAAAAGAAGGACAAAAACAUUCUUCUGGAUACCCUGAUGUUCAACAAGAGCGCGGAUACAUGGGAUGGCAAUGCUCAAGCACCCAUUGCUACCUGGGGGUCGACCUACCAACGCAUUCGCCAGAACCAUGUCGAAGGAACAGGCAACUGGCUGCUCCAGGAUCGAUUAUUCAAGGCCUGGAAGAACAAAGACGGAGGCUCGCCCAUUCUAGCAAUCGUCGGCGGCGAGGCUUCGGGCAAGAGUUAUCUGGCUUCCACCGUCAUCAGUCACCUACGAACUGAAGGUUUCGAUACGGAGCUUACAACCAGAAAUCUGGUUGCUUUUUACUUUAUGAACAAAAAAAAUGCAAACGCUGGUGUUGAUUCUCUCGGAAAAUCCAUCAUCUGGCAGUUCGCACAGAGCGAUCCUUCCUACAUGCAAUCCGUGGCUUUGACGUGUGAAAAAGCUCGCUACAUCGACCCGAAAGAAUUCCUGACCCAGCUCCUCCUCGCAAACCGCAAGGAGCUAGAGGGUAUUGAUGCAACGUUCUACAUCGUCAUCAACAAGAUUGGUGAUGAUCAUGACAACGUUCAUGAUGGGGUCUUGAACUUCCUAAGAAACCUCUUGCAGUCCAAGAACAGAUCAGUUCGCGUCUUGUUUACCGCCACCCAGGGGACUGCUGAUAAGCUCAAGAGGAAUGGUGUGACCUGUCCUACCAUCUCAAUGAGCGAGAAUACGGAUGACGUUCGCAAGUACAUCAAUGCGCGGAUGGAUAAGAUUGAUGUUCUCACGGAGACCUCCGAUAGCGAAGAUGAUGCCGUCGAUGAUCUCCGGAAAUCGAUCCAGUCCAAGCUUCUCGCCCAAACUGGCGGCAACUACUACAUGAUAGAUACAAUUCUGACCCAGAUCAGCGGUUUGGAUUACGACAAAGACAUCCAGAGUGCCCUUGACGGUGCCGGUAAAAGCAUGGCGCAGCACAUCGACGAUGAUGUUCGCAAACUCAAUGAUACCUCCACGAUCAAAGACCUGGAGGAAAUCAACGAAGUUAUUCUGUGGAUUACUUUCGCGCAAGAGAGGAUGACUGUCGAGAUGAUGAAAGCCGUGUUGCAGUUCAAAAACAAAGCGACCUCCCUACGUCCCCUGGAAGAGCGACUCCAGAAAUUCCUGCUGUUCGAAAUUGACAACGAGGGUUAUGUCAACUUCCGAUCAAAUAAAAUCCUGGCUACUAUUCCCGAGAGAGCCCUCACUGCCGAAAAACGCCAGAAGAACGACGAGGUGGUAAAGAAGAGCGAAGUCGACAUCAUCCGACACUUCCUCGGCACCGUGUGCCCUCCACAUUUGGUUCAAAAACUAGAGUUGGAGCAGCACUUCCAGCAGAAGCUGAGUCCACGCCAAGAACAGAUUUAUCAGGAGGAUAAGAAUACGGCCCAUUUCCAGUUGGCCAGGGCUUGUAUCUUUGUGCUCGCCAAUGAGGACAGUGACAGGCUGAGAGUGUUGCGAGGAUACGCAGCCCGGCAGCUGUUGCACCAUAUGAACGAGGUGGAUUUGGCUGCCAUAGGCCGUGAUGUAAAGGCUCAGAUUGGACGUGAUCUGGUCAAAUUGUUCUUCAAGGGCGAGUCCAUUGACAAUCUUCUCUGGGCGAACAGGCCUCUGCCGCGGCUCCCAGUGUGGAUCUUCGAUGAUGGUGCAGUGGGUGUUAUCUACAGGUGGCUCAAGGACACUGCUAUUGUGGUAAAUGUCGACGAUCAGGAGAAGAAGUGGCUUGAAACCAUUCUGGAUGGUGAACAACAUCCCGCCAGGACACUGAGUGAACCCUCUGCCGUUCGACUGGCGUGGUAUUGUUUCCAGGAUCCGUCAUCUGAGGACCUUACCCACGCUGCCUUUGAGAUCGUUUCUCUUUUCCUUUCUCAGUUCCCCGAGGAGACCCCUUCUACCGCCGACAACACACGACCAACUUUAUCACCAGACGUGAUUGAAAGUUGGUGCCAGAGAAAGCUUCAAGUUGAAAUCAGAGACUCGCUAUGGCACACGCAGAUGGCGAUUGUGUUGAAUCGUCUCUCUGACAGAUUCAACGCGGAAGAGAAUUGCCGCGAGGCACUCAAUCUUGACAAAAAGAAUUGGCGAGCAUCGUUUCUUCUGAGCAAGAUCGUCAUCUCUGACUCCGAGGCGACCGAGAUCUUGAAUAGGCUUGUCCGUCAUUGUGAAGGCGACACAAUCUGGAUGAAAGAGCAUCAAAAGGACCUCGCCGAGAUGCUCUACAUUCUUGGAAACCGAUACUGGGAAAAAGGCAAAUUCGAGAAGGCAAUCAACAACUACACGGCAUGCAUUGAUCAUGAUCCCACAAUGUACCAAUCUGCGCUGAACAUCCUAUCUCAAUACGACGGAUCUCAAAAUUGGAACUGCAUGGUUGCUCUGAUCGAGCAAAUCCGCUCCAAAUCCAAGCUCAAAUCCAUGGCCAUUGCACUGGCCAUACACGACGAGUUCCACGUCUACCUACGACACGCAGUGGUCAAUACCGGGAGAUUCGACGUCCUGGACCAAGUUUACACAGACGCAAUUCAAACUGCCACAAGUCAUAAGAAUUAUGUCGUGUCUUUCACUCUUCGCCGGUCCUUCGCUCGCGCCCUCACCGUGAAACUCCCUGUUCCCCUUGGUCAGAUUACAGGACUGUUGGAGGAUGCCGCCAGAGAUGUCCCAUACACAAACCUGGACCUUGCCGCUGCCUUCUUCCUGGUCGGAUAUAGAUUGGGAGCAAUCUAUCUCGGCAACGCCAGGGAAGCCAGAGAGGCGGGCAAAGAAGACGAGGCAAACGCAUGGCUGCGCCAAAUGGCCGAUAUCAUCCCCGAACAAGUCACUGAAGACCAAAUGCGUCUCCCUCUUCGCCUAUUUGCUGCACGGUACCACCACAUCUACGGCAAUCAUGAAGCAGCCCGGAGUGCAGCGCACAAUACAUUGAAGAUCGCCAUGGAACUUCUCGGCGACAACGAUUCCACGAACGAUAUCUUUGCCUACACGAAGAUCCUCUACGCCGUCAUUCCAUUCGAGGAUAUUGACAAUGCGACCGCGGCUCUGGCAAUGAUGAAACUUGAGGCGCCGGAAGGCCGCUUUAGUAUGUCCUGUUCUUGUCAGUGUGGGCAUGCGUGGGAUGUCCCGGGUGAUAUGUGGUGGUGUAUGGACUGCAUCAACGUGGUUUUGACUUCUAAGUGCAAGAACGAGGUUAAGGAUCCUAAGUUUGUUACAAGCGUUUGCCAUCAGAGGCAUGAUCACCUCUACAUUCCGAAGUGGGAUGAGGAGAAGAUGAAGACGGUCCCUAAGGACCUUGUGCCGUGGAGAGAUGAGGUUAUUGACAUGAAGAAGUGGAAGGGCAAGAUUACCAAAACUUAUAAUUUGACUAAGUAA